AUUCUUCAAACUCAUUUUAGUCCAGUGUCCUGAAGUUCCUCAUUCUCACCGGGGACGAUGACUUUAGGGGUGAAGUGUUAGACCACAGAGUUGUGUGGUGAUCUGAUCAAAAUGAGUCGAAAUCGACACGCACUACAGGAACCCGACGUUAAAGAAUAUCUUGUGAAAGGAGACCGAUUCACAAAAUGGAAAGAAGACUCCAAAAAAACCACACCGGUCACCAUGAAAAUGGAUCCAAAAGGAUUUUUCCUAGUUUGGACCAACCAGAGUAAGGAUACUGAAUUUUUGGAUGUCGCGACCAUCAGGGACACAAGAGCAGGAAAAUAUGCCAAACUCCCUAAAAACCCAAAAGUGCGUAACGUCUUCAACAUGGAUUUCCCCGACAGUCAUCAUUUGGCCAAAACGCUGACCAUCGUCACAGGCACCGACAUGGUCAAUCUCACAUAUCACAACUUCUUUGCUGCAAAAGAAGUGGCCCAGGCUUGGGCGGACGACAUCCUUGCUAUCACAUACAACACACUGAGAGCAAAUGCUUGCCGACAGGUCUUCCUGGAGAAAGUGUAUGUUCGCUUGACACUGCAGGCCAACAAGGAUGGAAAGAUCCCAGUUAAGAAUAUCAUAAAGAUGUUUCCUGCUGACAAGAAAAGAGUGGAAUCCGCCCUGGCAGCUGCCAAUCUCCCGAAGGGAAAGUUCGACACCAUUAAGUCAGAUGUAUUCACUGAAGCUGCAUUCAAAACAUUUCUGCUGCAUUUGUGUCCCCGACCAGAAAUCAGUGAAAUCUUCACUUCAUUCACCAAAGGAAAAGGCUUCAUGACGAAGGAGACGAUGGCGAAGUUCUUGAACGAGAAACAGCGUGACGCUCGGCUGAAUGAGGAGCUGUUUCCACUGGUGAGACCUGAGCAGAUGAAGAAUCUCAUUGAGAAAUAUGAGCCAAGCUCCUCCAAUGCCAGUCGCGGUCAGAUAUCUCCAGAUGGUUUGCUGUUCUAUCUAAUGGGACCAGAAACAUCUGUAGUGAACCUGGACAAACUGGCUCAGAGUCACGACAUGACUCAACCCUUAACACAUUACUUCGUCAAGUCCUCCCACAACACCUAUCUCACAGCGGGUCAGUUAACGGGCGUCUCGUCUCCGGAAAUGUACCGCCAGUGUCUGCUCUCCGGGUGUCGCUGUCUGGAGCUCGACUGCUGGAAGGGCAAACCUCCCGAUGAAGAGCCAAUCAUCACCCACGGCUUCACCAUGACAACUGAGAUCCUGUUCAAGGAUGUGAUCGAGGCCAUCGCUGAGAGUGCAUUCAAAACGUCCAAGUAUCCAGUCGUCCUUUCAUUUGAAAACCACGUGGAUUCUGCGAAGCAGCAGGAGAAGAUGGCAAACUACUGCAGGACGAUAUUUGGAGACGCUCUACUCGUUGAUCUGCUGGACAAAUACCCGCUCAAGCCAGGCCACCCAGUCCCGAGUCCAUCUGAGCUGAUGGGUAAAAUACUGAUCAAGAAUAAGAAAAGCAACGCAGCUCCAAACAAAGAAAAUGCAAAGAAAGCGGUAACCGACCAGCCACAAGUAGCUGGAGAGGGUUCUGGGUCCAAUCAGAGCGAUGAUCCAAACCAACCCGCUCCAGCAGAAGGCCAGGAUGCACCUCAUGCACAUGAAACUCAUGAUGAUCAUACUGAAGAACAUGACGAUCAUGAUGAACAUGACGAGGAAAAGAUGAAGAACUCUGAUGAGGGUACCGCUGGACAGGAAGUGACAGCAUAUGAAGAGAUGUCAGCUAUAGUCAACUACGUCCAGCCGAACAAAUUCAUCUCUUUUGAGAACGCAGCGAAAAAGAACAAGAGUUUUGUGAUCUCGUCGUUCGUGGAAACUAAAGGAGAAAGUUUGAUUGCCAAGAGCGCCGUGGACUGGGCCGAAUAUAAUAAGAGGCAGAUGAGUCGCAUCUACCCUAAAGGAACACGUGUGGAUUCUUCUAACUAUAGUCCUCAGCCCUUCUGGACCGCAGGCUGUCAGUUUGUGGCACUCAACUACCAAACUAUGGAUUUCCCCAUGCAGCUGAACAUGGCUCUGUUUGAGUUUAAUGGUCGGACGGGUUACCUGCUCAAACACGACGUCCUGCGGAGAAACGACAAGAAGUUCGAUCCCUUCAGUGACAGGAUUGAUACUGUUAUUGCCAGCACGCUCACAAUUAAGAUCUACUCGGGUCAGUUCCUGUCUGAUAAGAAUGUGAAGACCGGUGUCGAGGUGGAGCUCAUCGGUUUGCCAAAAGAUCCCAAAAAAAAGUACCGCACCAAAUGGACCACCACCCCAAACGCCAUUAACCCAGAGUGGAACGAGGAGCCGUUCGUCUUUGAGAAGAUCUUGCUGCCGGAAAUGGCCUAUCUCAGACUCGUCGUUCAUGAGGAUGGUGGCAAGUUCUUGGGUCACAGAAUCAUCCCACUUGACGCUCUUAAAACAGGUUUCCAGCACAUUUGUUUACGCAGUGAGAGUAAUAUGCAGCUCAUGCUUCCGUCUGUGUUUGUGCACAUUGAAGUCAAGGACUACAUCCCUGCUGCUUUCAGCGAUUUCACAGAUGCACUUUUCAAUCCUGUGAAGACUACUAAGCCACCGAACACUGAGAGUUCAACAUAUGUAAGUGAAUAUGAGUUACCUGCUGCGGCUGGAGCUCCACCAGCUGCCACGCCGGCACCUGUCGCAGAACCAAAUGCUGAGAGUCCAGCAGAGGGCGGUGUUGCACCAGAGGAAAAACCAGAACCAGGCCCUGCUCCAACUCCAGAACCAACUAAGCCUGAACAAGAACCAUCCCCAGAACCACCUAACCCUGAACCAGAACCAGCCCCAGAACCAACUAAGACUGAACCAGAACCAGCACCAGAACCAACUAAGCCUGAACCAGAACCAGCCCCAGAACCACCUAAACCUGAACCAGAACCAGCCCCAGAACCACCUAAGCCUGAACCAGAACCAGCCCCAGAACCACCUAAGCCUGAACCAGAACCAUCCCCAGAACCACCUAAACCUGAACCAACGCCAGAACCAGAACCAGAACCAGCAACAGAAACACCUCAACCUGAACCACAAGCAGAAGAGAAACCAGAAGAGUCUGCUUCAGCUGAAGAUAAUAAUGUGACCACAGAGUCCAGUCCUGCAGACAAAACCAGUGAGGAAACCCCGUCAGAUCCGUCAGAUCCACCAAGUGUGACAUAUGAAGAACUACAGCAGCAUAAGAACUUCCUGAAGGUCACCAAGAAACAAGAGAAAGACCUCAAAGACACGGAGAAGAAGUUUCAGAAGAAACAUGAAGUCCUGACGCAGAAGUUCAACGAGCAGCUUAAAGCCUUGAAGAAGAAGAAUUUGGGCAAGAAGACAGAGGGUUCAGAUCCAGCUGAGCAGAUCACUGAACUCAAAGAGAAACUCAAGUCUGAUCUCAGAGCUCUGCUUGUGGAGCAGAAUGAUCAACUGAAGAUGAAAAAAGAGCAACAAAAUACUGAGCGCUUGACCAAACUCCUGGAGAUAGCCGCAGAGAAACACAGCAGUGAACUGAAGACACUCAGCAGUGAGAUGAAAAAGAAGAGGGGAAAAAUGAAGAAGAGCAAAAGUUCUGAUCAGCUUGACAGUGACACUCAGUCCGCAGAAAACCCUGACGGUACACCUCAGGAACAGAGUUUGAAGAAGAGACAAGCCGCUACGCUCGCUAACAUCAGAGACAUGAUCAGUCAGCUCAACAAAGACGCUGUGUCCGAGCACACUAAGAAGAUGUGUUCUCUGCCCAGCGAGCUGUUGGAGACUGUGAACUCCUGCAUCAAACCACAUUUCCCUGAACACAUGGACAAGGCCGAGGAAAAAAGCUCCGAGCCUGCGGACAGUUCAGCCAAGAUUUUGUAGGACAAACUGGUUUUCUAUACUUUAGGAGCUUAUUUAUUUUUCACUGUCUGUGUAGUGCUUAAACUUUCAUUAAAACAUUAGUGACCGUGAGCGUAUAUAUAUAUAUAUAUAUAUACGGUACAGGUUCUUCAUAUAUUUAUGGAUCUUUACACAGAAGUGUAAUCAGUAUAGAUCAAUAAAAUCGUAUUUCAGGCUGUUUGUAAUUUUCAUUAUGCAUUGCAUUGUUGUGUUCCUUUAAUAAAAAAUAUUUUUGACUCGUCCCUCCUUUUCUUUACAAAAGCACAAAUGUGUGUUCCAGUGCGACACUUCCAAUGGAAGUCUAUGGGGUUUAAUCUGUAAACCGUUUCUAAAGUACAGACACAAAACAUAAACAACAUGUGUGUGUUUACUGUGAUAAAAUCAUGCACUAACCGCAUCUGUGUAAAGUUACAUGAAUUACUACAAUUUAGUUACCAUGACAACAAAUGUUUGCGUUGGCGGGUAGAUUCCUGACCCACACGACUCCAUGUGUGGGCAAGGAGUGUCCUUGGGCAAGACACCGAACCCUAGUUUGCUCCCAAUGGCAGGCUAGCUCUGCUGUCAUU